AUGGAGGACGCGGCGGCGGCGGCGGCAGCCGUCCCCGGAGCGCACGCGUUGGCGAGCCGCCGAUCCGACGACCGGCAAGUGCCGUUGUGGAGUCCCGGCCUCCGGGAGCAACAGAGAAGCGUCGACGAUCUCAUCAGCCACCUCCCCGACGACGUCCUCGGCGCCGUCGUCUCGCUCCUCCCCACCAAGGACGGCGCGCGCACGCAGGUCCUCUCGCGCCGGUGGCGCCCCCUCUGGCGCUCGUCCGCGGCGCCGCUCAACCUGUCGAUCGACCGCCGCUUCUGCGCGGGCGACGCCCGCAAGCACGUCGCCGUCGUCUCCAGGAUCCUCUCCGACCACCCCGGCCCCGCCCGCCGGUUCUCGCUCCGCCAGGCCUUCCCACUGGGCCAGAUCGACCGCUGGCUCCGCGCCGGGUCGCUCGCCCGCCUGCAGGAUCUCGAAAUCGCCUACACCAGAGUGCACGGGGACGCAUGCCACCCGAUGCCGCCGUCCGCGCUCUGCUUCGCGCCGACGCUCCGCGCGGCCAAGUUCGGCAGCUGCGAGUUCCCCGCGUUGACCGCGUCCCCGAAGUUUCCGCGCCUCAAGCAGCUCACCCUGUGCCGCGUCAGCAUCUCGGAGGACUCUCUCCACGGCAUGCUCUCUGGCUGCAUUGCCUUGGAAAGCCUUUCGCUGGACCGAAGCAUCGGCAUCGGUCGCCUCUGCAUCAGCUCCCCGACGGUUAGGCGCUUCAGCUUCUCUCCCCAUCGGGACAAACAAGGUAUCGUCACUUGCCAAGAGCUGCUCGUCCAGGACGUCCCAUGCCUUGAGAGAUUAAUACUACAUGAUUCACACAUUGGUCCGGCGACCAUCCGGAUAACCGGGGCACCUAAACUGGAGCUAUUGGGGUUGUUGUCUCAUGGCAUAUCUACACUCAAGCCUGGAACCACAGUUCUCCAGAAAACAAUUGAUGUCAGCUUGACAACCAUAAUGCAUAAAGUGAAGAUUUUGGUUGUUGACUCUAUUGGUCCCAAUCUGGAUGCAAUUGUUGGCCUACUCAAGUGCUUCACUUUCUUAGAGAGGCUAUACGUCAUUUCGCACCCACAGGAGGAUAUGAAUAAUGUGCGCAAGUAUGACCCACUGGAUCCAAUUGAAUGCCUAGAACUCCAUCUAAAAAAAGUGGUAUUGAAGAAUUACGAUGGUAACCGGACACAAGUUAUUCACUUUGCCCAGUUCUUUGUUUUGAAUGCAAAAGUGCUUAAGGAAAUGGAAAUUGGAGUUGUCAACCGCUGCAACAGCAAAUGGAUGCGUUUUCAGCGUAAACGGUUGCAAGUGGAGAAUAGAGCUUCUCGAGAUGCACAGAUUGAACUAAAAUGGGAUACAAAGAAGAGCUUCAAAUACCAUGGUUUUUCUGAGGCUGAUCCCUUUGACAUGUCCUCAUGUUGA